CUCCAGUACAGCCAAACUCCCUGCCAACCAGUCCCUGUCCUCCCGCAUCAAGUCAGGCUUCGCUGCUGCACUCGGGGUGUCUGAGAACAACAUUCAUGUCAUCAACACGACUGGCAGCCAUGCCAUCAAGAUGUGGAUGACGGAUGAAGAGCAACGCCCCCUAGCUGCUACUGAUAUUAUUGCACUGCUGGAUGUGGAUCUGCUCAGCUUCUAUCUGUCUGGCCUGCAGGUGGAGUCCAUUCUACCACAGAAUUCGUACCUUCGCUCCAGCUACCACCGAGGAUUGUGGGAAGGGAACUACCUGCCCUUCAUGGUCGCCGCGGCAGCAGCAGUGCUGGCAUGCAUCGUCGUCACCAUGGUGUACUUUUACGGAAAAAGGAACAAACCCUCCAAGAAAGGACAUCCUGACCUUGACCAGAUGUGCGUGUACCCGGGGGUCAAGCCCGUCGUCAAGACAACCAAGGUCAUCCAGCCGGACAGCCCAAAGUCGACCCCUUCGUCUUCCGUCUCCGCCAGCCCAUCCCCAUCCCCAGCUUACAGAGGGUCACCCAAGGCAGGCAAGCCUAAAGGUCUACAGGAGAGGAGAGGCUCGAACGUGUCUUUGUCCAUUGACUUGCCGAUGCCUCCACUGUCUGCUGACUCCGUCAAAUGUGGCACCCCGCCCAAGGAAAGUGUUGUUGAUGAGCUGCUGCAGUCUGGGACCAGGAAGAUGACACGCGCUGAGCUCAGACAGUCCAUCCUGAACGCCAGGGCUCUGUAUGGGGAGUUCUGGGAGAUUCCCAUGAACCACCCUGAGCAGGUGGAAGUUCCAGGCUGCGGAACAAAGAACAGAUACAAGACCAUCCUGCCAAAUGCCCACUCCAGAGUGGUUCUUCCAGAGGUGGACAACGAUAUUCUCACUACUUACAUCAAUGCCAACUACAUAAAGGGAUAUGAUAUGGAGGAGCGAGCGUACAUUGCCACGCAGGGUCCGAUGAACCACACGGUGACAGACUUCUGGCAGAUGGUCUGGCACGAGAGAACUCCCAUCAUCGUCAUGAUUACAAAACUCACUGAGAAAAAAGAGAAAUGUGCCCACUACUGGCCUGACCUUGAGGACAGAUAUGGUGACAUCGUGGUGUCUGUGAACAGGGUAGUGGAGCAUGAUGGGUACAUCCUCAGACACUUCACACUCCAGCGAGGAAACGAGGUCCACCACAUCAGGCACUACUGGUGCACGGAAUGGCCAGACCACAAAACCCCGGAGACGGCGAAGGCCCUGCUGGCUCUCGUGCAGGAGGUGGAGUUUCAUCGACUCAGACAGCCCAGGCCAAGGAGACCUGUGGUCGUGCACUGCAGCGCUGGGAUCGGCCGUACCGGUUGUUUCAUCGCCACGAGCAUCGGUAUCAGGCAGCUGAGAGUAGAGAACAUGGUGGACGUGCUCAGCAUUGUCUGUGGGAUGAGGCAGGACAGAGGAGGAAUGGUCCAGACCAACGAGCAAUACGAGUUCAUCCACUACGCUCUCUGCCAGUUCGAGAAAACUCUUCCCUCCGAAGGGGUCGACUGAGGUCACCCCCAAACCUUCACAAGGACGACCUUCAAACACACUUGUAUGACCUUGGCGACUAUAAGGCCGGAAUCACGUUGCCAUGGCAACUGUAUGAUUGAUUGAUGAUGUAGGACCAACCGUGGUGUGGUGAUGAUUCUUUGCUGUGAUUGGUGGACGGCGGAGGCGGCCUGCGUGGCGAUUGGUCAAUGCCGUUGUUGCCCGGGCAACUAGAUGUCACUGUGAUUGGUGGAUAUGUUUUGUGCCACGUGUAUGACUCGAUGGUUGCGGAGGCGUGUUAGAUGAUGCCUGUAGACGCAGUUUGUGUACUAGACAGACUUUAGAAACAGACGUUUGAAUGAAAACUCACCUGUGUUGAUAAAAUACAUAGUCAUAGAGUUCAAGCUUUGUUCCAACAAGAGGGAAAUUUUUUAUCAGUCUUGUCAACCCUCUCUGAACCGUGAUGGUGGGAGAUUCUGUCUUCCCGCCACUUUUGAUGGACUCCUGGCGUCAUCA